CGGAGGACCCCGCAGCGGCCGAACCAGCAACCCGACGGCAAACUUUGACCCUUCCGGCUACCCUCUUCGUCGGCCUUCCAUGUCCCUUCGUGUGGCGCAGCUCAAGGCAAAGGCGUCGCCGCACCCCGUGGCCGACUGGCACUCGGACCCUGGUGGCUUCAACAGCGACGACCUUGGCAGCGUCAGCGUCUUUGUGCAGAUAGGCAUCAACGAUCCCCGCGAUCGCAAGAUCAAGCUUGUGCUCAAACCUUGGGCGUGCGUCAAGGACAUGAAAGAUCAGCUCCAGGCCAUGCUCAACAUCCCAACCUCUGCACAGCAGCUCUACUACAAGGGCACGGAGCUCAACAACGUGCGAAACCUGGUGCAGUGCGGUAUUUACCAGGACAAGGUCGUCGUCCAUCUCGUCGUCUCGGCCAACGCGCGCAAGAAGCAGAAAAUGUUUUACAAUCCACCCGCUGCGCACCUCGCGAUGCAGGGCUUAGCGCUCGGUCUCGUGCCUGAACUCGCCAUGGACGGCACAGGUGGCACCUAUUUCCUCAAAGACCCGACCCAGCGCAAGGUCUGCUGCUUCAAGCCCCAAAACGAAGAGCCGUUUGCACCCAUGAACCCGCGUGGUUUCGUUGCAGCGCUUGGCGAGUCGGGCUUUCGCAAAGGAGUUCUCUCGGGCGAGGCCUGUGAGCGAGAAGUUGCGGCAUACUUUCUCGACAAGGACCACUUUGCCGGGGUUCCAGCGACGACUCUGACUGAGAUCAAACACCCAGCGUUUCGGUAUGGUGAAGCCGAAGUCGUGUACAAGAUGGGGUCACUCCAGGAGUUUGUGCGUCAUGACGACGUGGUCUCGGACCUCUCGCCGUCCAUGUUCUCCGCGCACCAAGUGCACAAAAUCGUGCUCCUCGACAUGCGCAUUGUAAAUACGGACCGAAAUGACGCCAAUAUCCUCGUUCGGAAGCGCCGAAAUGCCAACGGCGACAUUGAGCACGAGUUGAUUCCGAUUGACCACGGUUACAGCCUUCCCGACUACAUGGAGAUUGCGUGGUGCGACUGGUGCUGGUACAACUGGCCGCAGCUCAAGGUGCCACUGAGCGAAGAAGACCGGCAGUACAUUCUUGGCAUCAAUGUCGACCAAGAGAUUCAGCGGCUCUGUGCUCAGAUCCCACUACGGCUGCCCUGCCGACGGAACUUGAAGAUCGCAGGCAUGCUCGUCGAGAAGGGUGUUCGGCGCCGCGUGCUUCUGUACGACUUGGUGCGCUUCAUGUGCCGUGAAGACCUCGACGCUCCGUCGCGCCUGGAGCUCUUGUGCCAAGAUGCGUUGCGCCAGGCGUGCUCGCCGAAGCCGAGUCCGCGCAAUAGCCUCCAGCGUAAAGCCAACGGCAAGCCCAAUCUGUCCAUCGACGUCGGCGCGCCGCCGGACGAGGCGCACACCCUCUUGUCGCCGCCAGGAUUUUGGGCGUCUUUUGAUCCCUUUAGCGACGCGCCACUCGGAGUGACGAGCCCGAUUGGGAGCCCGAAGCAGGGUAGCCUCAAUUUACAGUCGUGGGAGACCCUAUCGAGUACCUUCUUCCACGCAGACGUUCAAGACAUGUUUGGCCGCCGCCCGAGCUGCGACCCACCGACGCCUGCCGACUCGGACGCCACCCGAAACGCGCUCUUGGACGCUGAUCCCAAAACCGAGAAGCUAUAUAUGCUCCUGGUCGCGCGCAUGCUCGACGAUGAAAUCGAGGCGAUGGGUGCGCGGUAA